AUGGGGACCGCACUGAAAACCUGGGAGCUCGAGAACGCCGUGCAGCUGGUCGACCCCACCAAAGAUGCCCUCUACUCGUACUCUGUCCCCGCCCAGAAGGCCCUGGACAACGCACAUCCAUGGCGCACCGAUCCGCACUACUUCACCUCGGUCCGCAUCUCCGCCGUGGCGCUGCUGAAGAUGGUCAUGCACGCCCGCUCCGGCGGCUCUCUCGAAGUCAUGGGCCUGAUGAUGGGCAAGAUUGAAGCACACACGUUCGUCGUGACCGACGCGUUCCGCCUCCCCGUCGAGGGCACCGAGACACGGGUCAACGCCCAGGACGAGGCAAACGAGUACAUGGUCGAGUUCCUGCAGCGAGCGCGCGACCAAGGCCAGCUCGACAACGCCGUGGGCUGGUACCACAGCCAUCCCGGCUACGGCUGCUGGCUCUCCGGCAUCGACGUCAACACCCAGAAGACGCAACAGCAGUUCUCCGACCCCUUCUGCGCCAUCGUCAUCGACCCGGACCGCACCGUGUCCGCGGGCAAGGUCGAGAUUGGCGGCUUCCGCACAUUCCCAGACAGCUACGUGCAAGACAAAGAGAAGGGUGCGACGAUGAAGAACGGCGCUGGCGCCGUCGAGAGCGACGGCUUCCAGACGAUCCCCCUCGGCAAGAUUGAGGACUUUGGCGCCCACGCAAACCACUACUACCCGCUCCAAGUCUCGCACUACAAAUCCACGCUCGACGCAAAGCUGCUUGAGGCGCUGUGGAACAAGUACUGGGUGCAGACGCUCUCCGCCUCGCCGCUGAUGACGAACCGCGAGUACGGCACGAAGCAGAUCAGCGAUCUCGCGCGCAAGACACAGCAGGAGUGCGGCAACAAGCGCUUCAAGGGCAGCGCGGCCGCCUUCCCGGGGAGCGAGAGCCGCAAAGACGCCCUGCCGAAGCUGGGCGCAGCGGGGAGCAAGAUUGCGCGCGAGGAGGAAAUGGGACUGCUGGCUGCCAAGGUCAAGGACCAGGUGUUCAACUUCCACAGCGGCGGUCGGCCGCCCGCGACGGAGAGCCAGGAGGUGGAGAUGGAGAUGAAGAGCUGA